GUCAAUGAUAUAGACCAGGAGUGUUAUUUAAACAGCCGGGUCUAGUAACCGAUAUGCGUCGGCCUAGCGCGGAAACCAGUCUCUCAGAGUUUAGUUAUAACCAGUCAGACUUUGAUGCUUCGUUCGUGUGUCUUGUCUCGUUCUCUGUUCUCUUCACACUCAGCAUCCGCGUCGUUUGUUCGGGAACGAAGUUAACCAAGCAUGUCUAACAUCCCCAAAGUAAGUAACAUAGGCCCAAAAAGCAAACUCGAAAAGAACCCACAACUGACUCAUUGCUCAUAAAGACGACGUAUGAGGCCUGCGAAGGACAAGAUCGGCCAGUUUCAAGGCGGCUCACAAUCCUAACACGCUCCAGCGAAUAUUCUGAGCUUAGCGAGAGCACCGAUCACCAGAGCAGCCUCGAUAAGAACUUGACCUCGCGCUAUACCUGCAAAGGCUCGGUCGGUACAGAAGGUGCCCUGCGGCAGAUGGCUCUUUCGUCGCUGGAGGCCGAAGGCUGGCUAAGACACAGCCAAAUGAACCCGUAUCACGCCUCAACACCUCCACCAGAGGACGACGAGACAACUCAAGACCUCCUGAUGAAUGGGAUUGGCUGUCACUUUCCCAGCAAUUCGCCAUCCAGGGCGUCGUCGUUGACCGUAGAUGGCGAAUCCGUAUUGAACCACCCAGCCACUCCUCGUCGUGGCUCUGCAGAUGGAGACGCCAGUGGCAGCGAUGACAACAUCACUCCCACCGCCACCGCCUUGGAGACCGUGCUUGCCAUAACUCCCACCAAGCGCGGCCCUCCCCAAGCAGCUGUCAGGGCGAGCAUGCCAAUGUUUAGCAAUUGUCUGUUGACGCCAAGCCCAUCGCCUAGGGUCAAGAGGGGCGCGAGUCCCCCGGCCACGCCGCAGCCCGUCAAACGGCCAAGAUCUCGGGCUCAACAAGCCCGCUCGGACACGCACUCCGACGAGCCGGGGGCUUGGCAGGCCUUUCGGAACGCGAGACAGCUCACGGCCGAACUGGCAGAGUCGGCGAGUCUUCUUGCCAGAACUCCGAUGACAUCCAUGGAAGCCAUCGCUCGGGCCCAGGCUCCCCGUCAUGCUGAAGCUUGCUCUCCGGCCGUGAACAGGGCGUUAUUCGAAGAUCCCGCAGAGGGCGAAGGUGAGCAUGAAUUUCUCCAUUCCACGGCCUCCCUCGCUAACAGCAACCGAGGCCGAAAAUACACAAGCAUAAUCCCGAUACAGUACAGUCUCGACAAAGACGAAUUUACGCUCGAGCUCCAUUGGUUUACCGAAGAAGAGAUCGAGAAGCAGCUGGCCAAGCUUCUGCGGUCGUAUCGGAGGUUCUACGCUGCCCCCGACGACCUCGAAGACGAAGCGUCGGCCGCUGAUGGCGAUGCCAGCCAGGCGGCAACAGCCCGGGACGCUCUCAAGACAAUAUUCAUCGGACGACUAGACCUGGUCCUGGAGGGAGACGAGAGCCAGGACGGGAACGAGGGCAAGGAUUUCCUUCUGCUCCAGGAGGAGGAAGACGUCUUGAACACGUUCAUGAUGUGGAUCCGGGAAAUGGCGAUCCCGUCGCAUGCGCACGUCGAAGUCAUCCAGGACAUGCAGGGCUGCAUCGGCCGUCUGAUGCAGCUGACAGUUGAGCCCGCCAGGCCGGAGGGCUCGCAGAAGACGGCGGCCUUCAUCAAGAAGAUCACGUAGGUCCCAAACCCGCACACCAUGAGCCAUGAGUCAGUUCCAGACCAGACAUCUAACGCAAAACAAAACAAAAUAGGCUGCUCUCGAAUUCCCGCAGUAACCGGCUUCUGCUCGACGACUUGCCCGGAGCCCGAGGCUUUGGUUCGCCCACUAGUUCGGCUGGCGGGGCCCUCUCUUGGGA